GAAGCUUGCUACGUGUGAGUUCCAAAUACAGAAGAAGCUGUGUGGACACCAGAGAAGACGAAUCGGAGUAUUUCUGCUUUACGUGAGCUCACAGCGUCUCUACGUCCGUGUUAAAGCAUUGAGUGUUACUUUGUGCUGUGGUUUUCAGACUUGAUCAGACGUUUCUGAGGAUGGAGAGCGUGCGAGCCUUUGUCUACCUGUCUGUCUGUCUGUCCUUGCUGACAUCACUUUGUCAGGGUGAAAGGUCGCCCGACACCCAGCUGCAGCCGGCACCGGACGACUCGGUCCUUGGACUCACAACCAGAGAGUUGGCGGAGGCUCUGCAGGGUUUCCUGGGUGAAGCUGACAACUCGCUCGCUCUGUCUGUGGAGAAGAAGGCCAGCGUCAUCCCACGGUGUGAUGUUGGUGAACGCUGUGCGAUGAAACACGGACCUCGAAUCGGUCGACUGUGUGAUUGUCUCAGAGGAACAGUCUGCAACACCUUCUUCCUGCGCUGCUACUGAACUUAUUCAUUCACCAAACCUGCAGUUUGAAUCUUUUUUUCUGUGUUUCUUCACUGUCUGUCCAUCAGAUUCAUUUAUUUUUAUUAUUAAAGAUUCUUCAUGAAGCUGCA